UGGUUCUUGGUGGCAGCGCGCCCCGUUGAGGACAGGUGAUGCGCGGCCCGUCUGUGCCAUUGGCGCAUCCCGCUGAGGUGUGGCCGUCAGCGCAUCCGUCCUGCUGCAGAGCCGCCCGGGCCCCUGGCACAGCUGUCGCUGCCGGCUGGCCUCCCGCCUUUUAUUGACUGUAAAGGGCAGCUGGCUGUCCCGAGAGCAGCAUCACCCUAGCAGCGUUCUGGCUCCUGGGGAUGUGUCCGAACAAAAGCCUCUUGUGUCCCGUGCUCUUUGUUCUGUUAAGAAUUCCAGUGAGUGUCAGAACUGGAUUCCCAUGUGCCCUCGAUUAUAGGCCAUCUGUAAAUGCUCAGAAGAAAAGCAGGCUAAUAGCUGAUGGGGCAUUUGUCAGUGUAAGAUUGUAAAGGUCCAGUGUGUGAGCAGGAAAGCUUUGUCAAGAGGUGAGAGGUUGGAUCACGUACAGCAGUACUUGUGUCACGUUCCAGGAGAGGCUGCAAGGCCGGUUGCUGAACAGCACACAGACAUGUCUCAAAAAGCAAGAUUCCUCAGGCUUAGAAUGGAAAGAGUGAAUGCGUUGAGAUUGUCGGGCCAUGGGAAGGAGAAGAUGCCUGCUCCAAGGGUGCCAGUGCUGGCAGCAAGAUCACUGGAUCUCUUCUCUUCCAGGAGACAUGGAGGAAUAGAUUGAAGAAAACAUGGCCAAUCAACGGGAUUACAUUAGCAGACCUAUUUGCAAUGGAAUUUCUGUUCCUGAAAAUAAAAUCAAUUCCUUAGUGGCUGAAGGUCAUGGACAACAAAUUCUAAAAGUACUACAAAAGUUCAGAGAACAAAAUACAUUUUUUGAUUUUAAAAUUCUUGUGAAAGAUGAAAUAAUUCCCUGUCAUCGUUGUGUACUGGCAGCAUGCAGUGAUUUUUUCAGAGCCAUGUUUGAAGUUAAUAUGAAAGAACGAGAUGAUGGCAAUGUUACUAUUAGUAACCUAUCACCCAAGGCAGUGAAAGCUUUUCUUGAUUAUGCUUACACAGGAAAAACGGAGAUAACCAAUGAUAAUGUGGAAAUGCUCUUCCAACUGUCAUCAUUUCUUCAAGUUUCACUCCUUUCCAAAGCUUGCAGUGACUUCCUAAUAAAAAGUAUUGAUCUUGUGAAUUGCUUACAGUUGCUUUCUCUAUCAGAAAGUUAUGGGUCUGUCCGCUUGUUUGAUCAUGCUCUAGAUUUUGUACAACACCACUUUUCAUUGCUGCUCAGAUCGAGUGAUUUCUUGGAGAUGAAUUUUGAGAUAUUACAAAAAUGUCUUGAGGCUGAUGAACUAAAUGUUCCUGAGGAAGAAUCAGUGUUGAAAGCUGUCCUCCAAUGGACCAAACACAACUUAGAAACACGGCAGAAAUAUUUGCCUAAUUUGAUUAAAAAAGUGAGAUUGCACCAGUUACCUGAAAAGACUUUGCAGGACUUUUUGCAUUCUGAAGAACACUUACUUAAGAGUGCUAAUUGCUCAGUAAUAAUCAAUGAUGCAGUUAAAAGUGUGCAGAACUUCAGUGGAUUGUUUCCAGAUGCACGUCCUUCAACAACAGAAAAAUAUAUAUUUGUUCAUAAAACUGAUGAAGAUGGAGAAAACAGACAUACAUUCUGCUACAACAUCAAAACAGAUAAAUGGAAAGAACUACCACAUACGCAUAUGAUUGAUCUACCAGGGUCAAGUUUGUCUAGCUAUGGAGAAAAAAUAUUUAUAACUGGAGGAUGCAAGGGGAAUUGUUAUAGGACUGUCAGGCUCCAUAUUGCUGAACCGUUUCAUGAUGCCACUGACCAAACCUGGUGCUACUGUCCAGUCAGCAAUGAAUUCUCCAUAGUGUCAGCUAUGAAAAAACCGAGGACAAUGCACACAUCUGUUGUAACCUUAAAUCAGCUCUUUGUAAUAGGUGGAAAGACUAGAGGAGCACAAGAAACUCGGAGUCUUUUGGAUGUAGAAUCUUAUAACCCUCUUUCCAAAGACUGGAAAUCUGUAAGCCAGUUACCAAGAGGUAUUUACUAUCCAGAAGCAAGUGCAUGCCAGAAUAUAAUUUAUGUCCUUGGCUCAGAAGUAGAGAUUACUGAUGCCUUUAAUCCAUCUCUUGACUGUUUCUUUAAGUACAAUGCUAUGACUGACCAGUGGUCUGAGCUUGUAGCAGAAUUUGGGCAGUUUUUCCACGCAACUCUAAUCAAAGCUGUUCCAGUGAACUGUACAUUGUACAUAUGUGAUCUUUCCACCUACAAGGUCUACAGUUUUUGCCCAGAAACCUGUGUUUGGAAAGGGGAAGGAUCUUUUGAAUGUGCUGGCUUUAAUGCAGGGGCAGUUGGGACUGAAGACAAAAUUUAUAUACUAGGUGGUGAUUAUGCUCCAGAAGAAAUCACAGAUGAAGUUCAAGUCUACCACAGUAGUAGGUCUGAGUGGGAAGAAGUUUCACCAAUGCCAAGAGCCUUAACUGAGUUUUACUGUCAGGUCAUUCAGUUUAAUAAAUACAGGGACCCCUGGUCACCCGUACUGACGAUUUGCUCUGGAGAAUUUUGAAACUCCCAAGUCAAAAGAGUCUAUUUAAAUGCACAAGCUGUAGAACAGUUUCUAAGUAUUAGUUUACAGAUGAAGAAAUAUGUACUUGUUUGUUUGAAUUUUCAGUUUAAAUUAAAUGCUGUAGGAUUGCUUUUGGAAGAGUCCAUCAAAAUGUCAUUCAUGCUAGUUGUUAUACAGACAGUAUUACUUAAUUUUAUAUACAACUCUUCUCUGUAAUUAUCAGAAUAUUUUUCAAAAUGAUAUAAAUUUUCCAAAAAGAAUAUUCAUGAGGAAUUAGUUGUGUAAUAUGUGCCAUUAUUUCUGUAAUAUUCACAGUUGUCCCAACAGACAAAUUGCUAAAUGAGGAAACUGACUGUGAUACUGUUUUCCCUAUGUAACUGAAGUUUAAAAGACAUUUUCAUUAGUGUUAUUUAGAUUUUCUAUGUUCAUAAACCUGCAAGAGGAAUUCCUUGUCAGCUUUAUCUUAUCACAAUGACCUUAGCAAGGACAAGAGCCAAAGUGACCUUCACAGUAUUAAAACCAGGUAUCUAACUUGAAGAGACUGAAAAUUCCUGUCAUCUUACUUCAGGCUCUUCAGUUUUACCAAUUUUUCUCCAUCCUUGUGCCUUAGUAGUAGCUUUACUUUCUGUUCCCAUCCCAUUAACUCUGGCAAAGUAAACUUCCAUAACAUACUGUUGGGUAGGUAAGAUUUCUACACGAUAGAUGAUUCAUGCGGUAUCUUUGCUUCUGUCAUGUUGCUAACUAAAGAAAAAACACUUCAGGAUAUUUUCUAACAGAAGUCUUCCACCUCUGAAGUCUUCAGUGCUACCUACUAAGCAGUCACUAGGCUGCUGAUAGCAGCAAGCUGUAGAAAGAAUCGUAGCUGUUCCUUCGGUUAACUAUGGGAAAAGUUUGUAUCUUGUCAAACAGCAAAUACAAAAUUACAAAACUGCACCCCCAUCUUAAAAGUCAAUAGUAAAUAGUAUUUCUGAGCUGAGAAAUCAUCUCUUAUGGUUUAAAUUAAUUAAAACACUUUAUCUUGAACUUCAUGGUAAUUUUAGAUGUUAAAGUAUUACACAGUAAACACUACACAAUAUAUUGCUUGGUAAACUUUAAGUAGUCAGCUAUGAUAAUGUUAAAAUUGUAAUGGACUUUUAGUGCUAAUAUUAGUCUAGCCAUAUGUUGUGAAGUAAAUUUGAUCUCAUGCUUACAAAGUCAGUCCUCUUUCUUACAGGAGAACAUUGAAAUUAGUUAAGUUUCAUAAAUAAAUUUGUAAUCUUCCUCAGCCUGAGAAUUUCCUUUCUUACCAGGUAUCCAGAUAAGACAAUGAGAGCCUUUAUGUUCCAUGUAAGUAUUGUGAAAGCAGUAAGGUUGUUUUCUGCCAGACAGAAUAAUGGUUCUAAACAUUUAAUCACAUCUUUUCACACAGUUUAAAUCAUGAAUGAAAUUUAGUGAGGCAUCAGAGACAUCUUUCAUGUCUUGAGACAACUGUGGUAAGUUCAUUAUCACAUCACUACUGCAUGUACUUUUUGCAAAACCCAAGCUGAAUAUUAAUGCUUAAAGCUUAAUAUUGCCUAGAACAUGCUUCUGUUUUGAACAGUAAACAAUGGAAGGUUCUG